AUGUCGACCUUCUUUCAGAAGCAGCAGCAGGUGGCUGCUUUGGAUCCGCGUCUGGGUAGUCUUAUGGCGAGCGCGGGACUUUAUAAUCUGCGCUCGCUAAUCAAAGGCGUGCGUGCGUGCAAAACGCUAGCGGAUGAACGAGCCUUGCUCCAGAAGGAGUCAGCAGCGAUCCGGACGUCCUUCAAAGACGAUGAUGUGUAUAUGCGCUAUACGAACCUUUCGAAGCUACUUUAUAUCCAUAUGCUGGGAUACCCAGCGCAUUUCGGCCAGAUGGAAUGCCUCAAACUGGUGGCUUCACCGCGCUUCACGGAUAAGCGCCUCGGGUACCUGGGCAUCAUGUUGCUCCUGGACGAGAAUGCGCAGGUUCUCAUGCUUGUCACGAAUGGCUUGAAAAACGACAUGAACCAUUCCAACAUGUACAUUGUGGGCCUGGCCUUGUGCACAUUUGCCAACAUUGCAUCCGAGGAGAUGUCGCGCGACUUGUGCAACGAGAUUGAGAAGCUGAUGGGCAGCUCUAACUCUUAUAUCCGGAAGAAGGCAGCUUUGUGUGCCAUGCGCAUUGUUCGUCGCGUGCCGGACUUGGUGGACCACUUCCGCGAGCGUACCUUGCAGCUGCUGAGCGACAAGAGCCAUGGUGUCAAGUUGUGUGCACUGAGCCUGGCCAUCCAGAUGUGCGAGAUGGACCGUGGUUGUAUCGAUCUAUUCCGCCGUGUACGUAUUCGUAUGCUGACGCAGGCCACGACGCCCCUCGUCGCAACACUUCGCACUCUGCUUACGACGAGCUUUUCGCCCGAGCACGACGUGGCAGGUGUCACCGAUCCAUUCCUGCAAACCAAGAUCCUGCGCUUUCUGCGUAUACUGGGACGUGACAGCGUGGAAGUCUCGGACACCAUCAACGACAUCCUCGCGCAGGUAGCGACGAACACCGACGGCUCCAAGACGGUGGGCAACAGUAUCCUCUACGAGUGUGUGCUGACCAUCCUCGAAAUCAAAUCGGAUGCGGGUCUGCGCGUCAUGGCGAUCAACAUCCUGGGCAAGUUCUUGGGGAACACGGACAACAAUAUCCGAUACGUGGCGCUCAACACACUCAUCAAGGUUGUGUCGAUUGAUACCAAUGCGGUGCAGCGCCAUCGCGGCAUUAUUCUCGAGUGCCUUCGCGACGCUGAUAUUUCUAUUCGCCGCCGCGCGCUGGAACUGACCUACACGCUGAUCAAUGAGUCGACGGUGCUGGCUCUGAUGGAGGAAUUGCUGUCUUUUCUGCAUGUGGCCGACAAUGAGUUCAAGCUUGGCCUUACUACGCGUAUCGGGAUGGCGACGGAGCGCUUUGCCCCUACGCCGCGUUGGCACAUCGAUACCAUGUUGCAGGUGCUUCGCCUCGCGGGUAACUAUAUUCGCGACGAUGUACUGGCAUCGUUCCUUCGUCUUGUCGCUAACACGUCGGAGCUGCAUGCGUACACAGUGCAGAAACUGUACAUGGCGCUCCAUGACGACUUGUCGCAGACGGGCCAGACGUUGGCGGCUGUGUGGGCCACAGGCGAAUACGGCGACAUUCUCUUUGAUAUGGGGCGCAUCACGCGGGACGGCGCUACGUACGAAGUGUCCCCUCGGGCAGUGAUCGACUUGCUAGCAUCACUCUUGGAGUCGGUAUAUGCAACAGAGAGCAUCCGCGAGUUUGUCCUCACAGCCUUGGCCAAGCUCGCUACACGUAUGCCCGAUGCAUCGCAGCAGGCACGAAUUCAGAGCCUUCUGAGCGGGUAUGCUGAGAGCAUCGAGCUGGAGAGCCAGAAGCGUGCUCUAGAGUAUGGUGCGCUGCUGCAGCGCAAGGCGAUUCGCGAUGGCGUGCUGGAGGCAAUGCCUGUUCCGGCUAUGCGACCGAUCGUUCCCGAGACGGUUCCGCUGGCCCAGGCGGGUACCACUCGAGACGCAGGUGCGCUCCUGGAUAUGGGCACCGAGUCGGUGGCGCCGGUGCAGAGCUCGACGGCGGCAUCAGCGCAGACCAACACAGACUUGCUCGCGGACAUAUUUGGCGCGGCCGACACACCGUCAGCGGCACCCGCGAGCGCGCGAGCCCCGCCGACGUCACAGGCGGACCUUCUUGGUUUGCUAGAUAACAGUGCCCGCCCGGCGAGCAACAGUGUGGCGGCUGGCAUGAGUGAGCUGCAACUGCAGGAGAAUGCGGAGCCGGACGAGACGGAAGCCUAUCAUGCGCACGGACUUCGCAUGGCCAUGGCCGUGACGCGGAGCGGUGCGGAAGCAUCCGUGCAGGCGAUCUUUUCAGCACCAGACGGUGCCACCAUCGAGGGCCUGACACUCCAGGCGGCCGUGCCCAAGACACAGCAGCUGCAAAUGUACUCGCUCUCGCAGUCACGCAUUAUGCCUGGACAGAGGGCGACGCAGGCCAUGCGGGUGACAGGGUUGGGCGCAGGCGUGAUUCGUCUGCGGAUGCGCUUGGCCUAUGUGGUGAAUGGCGAGCCUCAGCGGGCCCAACUAGAUUGGACACAACCAUAG